CCAGCAUUCUCACCAUGAUGCCUAAGUCCAGAUUCCAAGGGCAGAUCUUGAAAAUAAAAAUGGAGAAAAAGGGUUUCAGCCAAGGAAGCAAUUUAAGGAUAGGUCAAGUCCUCCGGACCCCUGGAGACCCAGUUCCUUAGGUGGCUUCAUCAUGGGAGGCCAUGGGGGAGAGCUACCGGAUCAAUACAAGGUUUUAACCUUAAUGGUGCAUUGACACAGAUACUGUGGUCCAGUUAGCCUGAUGUGGUUCAUCAGAUACCAUUCAAAGAUAAUGGUUGAUUCAUUAGAGGAAUCCAGAACUUUUGCUCCCUAUCUGAAAAGUGAGAGGUGAGGACAAAGGUGGCAGGGGAGGAGAGAGAGAGAAAGAAAGAAAGAGAGAGAGAGAGAGAGAGAGAGAGAGAGAGAGAGAGAGAGAGUGAGUGAAGAAGAAGAGUUAAAAAUGGCAGUCUUUCACUGAAAACCAGGGAACGAUUUUCAUGAUUUGCUGCUUCUAUUCGGUUAAAGGACAUCUCUUUUUAACCGAUUUCAGCAGUGUCUCACACGUGUAAACGUCCAUGGUUUUGGCAUGCUCUGACCAUUUGUCUUGGUUAACCUCCAUAGCCCACAUAAGAACUCAAGCUUCUGCAGUUGGGGGUGGCAUUAUUACCAUGAGAUCUUCAUUGUAAUUCUGUAAAUUCCUUCUGGGCUUCUUCCGCCCCGCGCCCUCCACCCCCCUCCCCCCUCCCUCAAGAGGCUGCCUCCUCUGGUUUUGAGCUGGAAGAAGGUUUAACUCUGCGUUUCUGAGAAGAAUCAAAUUCUGUGAGUAAUGGAUGAAAGGGGGGUCUCAGGUUCACAUACCUUAAGCUCAGCAGACAACGGAGAUAGCUUAUACCCUAUGUAUUUUGGUGUUUCUUGUGCAUUUUUUGCCCUCGAACUUCUGUCGAGGCCUGAUGUGGAUGACAAGAAAUUCUCUGAAAUACGGGAUAAAAUGCUUCAAGGAAGUGCUCAACUCUUAGGAUUGCUUGUGUGGAGAGUUCAGAGAAAUGGAGCUGAUGGGGAAAAAUGUGAACUUCUCUGCAAGCUCGAGAAGGCUCAAAGAGAAGUUGAGGAGUUGAAGCACAGGAGACGGGAAGAUGCAAAAGCUAAUGAGAAAGUUGUGAGCAUCUUCGCUGCACAAGAACAAAUCUGGUUUAGUGAAAGGAAGAAACUCCGACAGCAUGUUGGAGUUCUUUUAAAUGAUUUAAGGAUUAUAGAGGCGAAGAAGGAUGAAGCUAUUUCUGAAUUCAGUGAGAAAUUACAGGAGAAGGAGGUUUUUAUACUGUCCAAGGAUAAGGGAUUGGAGGAAGAGGUGCAGAAGAGGAAGGAUAUGGAGGAAAAGCUAAAGAAGGCUGAAAUUGUUGCAGAGGAAUUGAGAGAAUGUGCUAAACGUGAAGCUCAAGAGCACGCUGCUGAGCUUUUGAAGCAUAAAACUGCCUUCAUUGAGCUAGUAUCAAACCAGCGGCAACUUGAAGCUGAAAUGGGUCGAGCACUCCGGCAAGCUGAAGCUGCAAGACAAGAGCUUGAUUCUGUCACUGAGCAAAAGGAGGAGUCGGUCUCAAUGGUCCAGAAACUAUCUGCGGAGAUUGUAAAGAUGCGAAAGGAUUUGGAACAAAAAGACAAAAUUUUGUCAGCCAUGCUUAGGAAAUCCAAAUUGGAUACAGCGGAAAAGCAAAUGCUUUUGAAGGAGGUAAAAUUAACCAAGGCUAGGAGGAAGCAAGCUGAGCUAGAAACUGAAAGAUGGAGGGCAGCAUCCGAGUCUAGACACGAGAGGCAUUCAUUGAGAAGCAUGUUGUCUAACCAUUCGAAUUCAAGAAUGGAGGCUCUUUCAGGAGCAAGAGGGAUGCAUUCUAUCACAACUGGGUCAUCACAAUUUGGAAGAACCAGAUCACAGCCAAAUGAUCUUCUUCUUGAGUAUUUGCAACCAGAAAUAAGAGCAAAUGAUUUUCCUUCCCUCACUGACCAGUACUCUCCAGAAGAAAAUGGUGAACUGGUGGUCACUGCAGAUGUAAAGCACUUAGAAGGUUGGGUUCGCUCAGAAGCAGAAAAGUAUACAGCUGUAGUUGAACAGAGGCAUCAGCAAGAAAUAGAUGCAUUUGCAGAGCAAAUGAGACUGAAGGAUGAGAAGUUAGAAGCUUUUCGUUGGCGGCUUCUGAGCAUGGAACUAGAAUCGAAGAGACUGAAGUUGCACAUUGAGGGGCUUAACCAUGAUAUGUCACAGAUGAGACAAGCAAACUUGAAAUUGGAAGCCUUGUUAUUGGACAGAGAAGCGGAAUUGAAGUCCUUGAAAGAGCAGCCUGCGUUGCAGUUAAGGCCUCUAAAUUGCUUAAGGACGAGUUUAAAUUCAUCUCCAAAUGAUCCAGAUGUAGAGCAUGAUACCAUGUGGUCCAAAGUCAAGAUUAUAAAGAGACAAUCAGGGGAGGAAGAGCCAGAAACAAAAACAACUUUGCUGGAAGGUUAUGAAGGCGGCAAGAGCGAGAAAGUAGAAGAAACCCCGAGUAAAAACCAGUCUAAAGAUAUCAUUUUGACUGUUCAAUCUCCUGAAAGAGAGUUCGAAGGACAGAAGGAUAUUGCAAUCGACCCCAUUCUCAGUCAAGAGUUGAGUACAGGCCGGCGGGAUAUUGAUAUUUUUGAGAAGACAGCAUCAGCCAGCCAGUGCUCAGGUACGAAAAAUAGAUCUUUAUGGAAGAUGGAUCUUCAUGCGCUUGGGGUUUCUUACAAGAUCAAAAGGUUGAAGCAGCAGCUUCUCAUGCUUGAGAGGUUGAAAGGAAAGCAAGAAAGCAGUGAAGUUGGGGAAAGUGAAGAUAAUGAGCAGUUUGGGAUAAAAGGUUUCCUUUUAUUAAUAUCUUUGCUGACUAGACAUGUUGGCAGAUACCAAUCCCUCCAAGGGAAGGCUGAUGAUCUCUGCAAGAGGAUGCAUGAGAGUAAUCUAGAAGUGAGCAGCAAGGAUUCUAAGGUUCAAAGAACAAAAGAGGAAACUAGAACAUUAGAGCACUUCCUAGAGGAAACAUUUCAGCUGCAGAGAUACAUAGUUGCGACUGGGCAGAAGUUAAUGGAAAUUGAACCCAAGAUUGUCCAUGGAUUUGUCGAGGUCACUGAAGAGCUUGAUGGGUCUGCCAGCUUCGACAUGAAGCAAUUUGCUGAUGUUGUCAGAAACCUCUUCAGGGAAGUUCAGAGGGGUCUUGAAGUCAGGAUAUCUCGAAUUAUUGGAGAUCUUGAAGGAACCUUGGCAUGUGAAGGGAUCACUCAAUUCCGAAGGUACUAAUGUGACUUAAAAAGAUUAAGAACAAGCUUAUUAAAAGUUUGGGGUUUAAUGUCGCUGCUGGCAGUUCCUAUAGCUGAAAUUGUAUACAAAUAUUUUCUUAGCUUUUCUUAAUGCAAUAGAAAUGUCUUGGAUUUGUUUC